AUGGCAGAACGCUCGUCCACCCCGCUGCUCCAAUCUUACCAUGGCGACGACAGCGAUGAAGCGCCCGUAUGGCAUAGGCGCUCACGGGAUUCAUCUUUCUCCAGACAUUUGCGACGAUGCCGCCGGACAAGUCAGCGCUUCUUGGAAUCUCACACAAAGCACUUCGCCGUCAUGGGCAUCGUCGCGCUGGAUGUAGCUGCGCUGCUCGCAAACAUCUUUAUCCAGCUGAUUGCCUGCGAGAUGGAUGAAAAGGACGAGCCCUGGGUGGAAGACGUAACUGAAGGUCUGGAAAUUGCAGGCCUAGUCUUCAGCAGCAUUUUCCUCCUUGAGCUCGUUGCAUGCUUGUUUGCUUUUGGUCCACGCUUCCUUGCCUCUUGGUUUCAUCUAUUUGAUUCGGCAGUCAUUAUUGCUAGUUUCGUGAUAGACAUAUUUUCCAGAGGUCUAACCGAAUCUAUCGGCUCUUUGAUUGUUGUCCUUCGUCUAUGGAGGCUGGCAAAGAUCUCCGAAGAGGUGGUGCUCGGUGCUACAGAGAGGAUGGAGAUUCUGGAACAGCAGCUAGAGGACCUCGAAGCUGAAAACAGCAGACUACGAUCCCAACUGGGCACCGAGUCUUCCAAUCAUUCGAUAAAUGAGUAA